GAUGAUGAUUCUGCUGCUUGGCAACAGAGCAAAUGAAGCGAGGAGGAGGACGGCAUCUGUGUUGAACCCGACACACUCUUUCUCAAUCCAGAUUACAUGUGAAAGUCAACGAUGGGUUCGGUUCCGAAAAUGACACACACGGUUCUUCUGAGUGUCGUUAUAUGCUCGAUGGCCGUGGUUUCUGGCCGUAGUCCACGCACAGUGGAUCAGGUGUCGGAGGCGGAUAUCCAGCGCCUGCUUCAUGGAGUGAUGGAGCAGCUGGGAAUCGCGCGGCCCAGGGUCGAGUAUCCCGCGCACCAGGCCACCAACAUAGUGGGUCCUCUCAGCAUCCAAGGUGGUGCCCAUGAGGGACUCCAGCAUCUCGGGCCAUAUGGGAAUAUCCCUAACAUUGUUGCAGAGUUAACUGGGGAUAGUGUUCCCAAAGACUUCAGCGAGGACCAUGGCUACCCCGACCCUCCCAAUCCUUGCCCCCUUGGAAAGACUGCUGCUGAUGGAUGUUUAGAGAACGCUCCUGACACUGCUGAGUUCAGUCGGGAAUUCCAGAAACAUCAGCACCUCUUUGACCCUGAACAUGACUACCCUGCGCUGGCCAAGUGGAAUAAAGGAAUGUUGUAUGAAAAGCUGAAGGGUGGGCCAAAGAGAAGAAAAAGGAGUGCAAAUCCAUAUCUGAUGGGACAGAGGCUGGAUAACGUGGUGGCCAAGAAAUCAGUGCCACAUUUCCCUGAGGAAGAUGAAGUUGAAACUGCUACAAGCAAUAUCAAGGCCUGAACAUCACGUUCAUACAAUUUGUAUAAAAAUGACUUUUCUGUUUCACAGCAAAGUAAGCAUUAAAUUAUGUGUUAUAUACAAAUAAAUCAUAUUAUUAAUAGA